AAGGGAACAAGGUGUAGGUGAAGGGGAAGCAGGGAGUGUAGGUGGUCAGGGCAGGAGACAUGGAGCAGGGCUCCAGGGGAUCACAGUUCAGCAGUGGCUCCACAGAGUUCACUCAACAGCUCCCCAUUAGGUCCAGGCUGGAGUCAGGUGUUGGUCACAGCCCACAGCUCCAGCCACAGGGCUCUGGGGGCUGCUGGAACCGUCUGGAUGUCACAGGUCCUGGGAACAGCAUGGAGGGACAGAGUGAGAUGGAUGGGCUUCUUCAAGAGGUGGGCUGGGAUGAUUUACAACCUCUGAAGGCAGAGCAGCAGUGGGAUGCAGAGCUCUCAUCUGAACCCUUUCCUGCCCCAGCCUGCCCUGGAGAGGCUCAGGACAGCUUUGCUGAGGAGGGUUUGGGGAGGAUUUAACCCCUCUGGCUGCUAGCCAAAGGCAGCUCUUGAAGUCUGGCCUCCAACAAGUGCUGCUUGCAGGGGAGGAAAGGGGAUUGAGCAUUGUUCUUGCACUCCUGCAGGGUCCAUGGACACAGAGGUGAAGGAUGACUUUAGGGCUACUCCGUGCUCUUGACAGCCCAGCACGUGACUAUUGAGGGCCAAGACCUACCCAGCACAUUUUAGGGAUUGGCCUCCCGUGACCACCCCUUGUGUGCUGCCAAGUCAGCACGUCCCCAGCACAGAGUGCCUGCGGUGGGGCAGGAGGAAACGGCCCACGCAAGUGCACAUGCACAGUGCUGGAGGGGAGGAGGCGCCUGCAGGGUGUCACUGCUCGGGCUCCACGCUCCUCCCCGGGGAUAUGCUGCUCACAGCUUCCCAGUCUCCCUCCCUCUCCAGCUGUCCAUCCCUCUGCACACCCUUCGAGCCUCUCCAGCGUCCAGCAGGAGCAGAAGCCAUUCGGGUGGUGGCUUGGUCUGCAGCCUACUGUGGGACAGGGGCCAGGAGAGGUCACACCGCAAAUAACCCCCACUGACCUGCCCACACCCCUCUGCAGCCGGUUCUCCCCGCCACGGGGGUCCCAGUGACCCUGCCUGCCCUUUGGGCAGGGAGAAGAGAGCACCUGAGGGAGGUCCAGCAGUUUUUGGGCUGAGCAAGUGCCCUGUCAGUGUUGUCUUGCCCACAGCAACCCCACGAGCACAGCGCGGAGGAGGCUGGGGGGUGACAUGGCCAGUGUCCUCCUGGAGAGCAUCUUCCUGAAGCGCUCGCAGCAGAAAAAGAAAACUUCUCCCCUCAACUUCAAGAAGCGCCUGUUCCUGCUGACAGAGAGCAAGCUGUCCUACUACGAGUAUGACUUUGAGCGAGGGCGCCGGGGCAGUAAGAAGGGCUCUGUGGACAUUGAGAAGAUCACCUGUGUGGAGAUGGUGGCACCUGAGAACAACCCUCCCCCCGAGCGGCAGGUCCCGAGAAAAGGAGAGGAUUACAACAACAUGGAGCAGAUCUCAAUCAUUGAACGGUUCCCCUACCCCUUCCAGGUGGUCUAUGACGAAGGGCCCCUCUACAUCUUCUCCCCAACUGAGGAGCUGCGCAAACGCUGGAUCCAUCAGCUGAAGAGCGUGAUUCGGUACAACAGCGACCUGGUUCAGAAGUAUCACCCCUGCUUCUGGAUCGAUGGCCAGUACCUGUGCUGCUCCCAGACUGCCAAGAAUGCCAUGGGCUGCCAAAUUCUGGAGAGCAGGAAUGGCAGUUUGAAAACUGGGCGGUCGCAUCGCAAGACAAAGAAGCCUCUUCCCCCAACUCCUGAGGAGGACCAGAUGGUGAUGAAGCCUCUGCCUCGUGAGCCGGCCCCCAGCACAGCGGGCGAGAUGAAGAAGGUGGUGGCCCUCUACAACUACCAGCCGAUGAACGCGCAGGACCUGCAGCUGCAGAAGGGAGAGGAGUACUUCAUCCUGGAGGAGAGCCACCUGCCCUGGUGGAAAGCUCUAGACAAGAACGGGAGGGAAGGAUACAUCCCCAGCAACUACGUCACUGAAACCAGCAAUUCCCUGGAGAUCUUUGAGUGGUACUCAAAGAAUAUCACUCGGAGCCAAGCAGAGCAACUGCUGAAACAGGAGGGUAAGGAAGGGGGCUUCAUCGUCCGAGACUCCACCAGCAAGACAGGGAAAUACACUGUCUCUGUCUAUGCCAAGUCCUCUGUAGACCCCCAGGGUACGAUCCGCCACUACGUGGUGUGCUGCACCCCCCAGAACCAGUAUUACCUGGCAGAAAAGCACCUGUUCAACAGCAUCCCAGAGCUCAUCACGUACCACCAGCACAAUUCUGCAGGGCUCAUAUCCAGACUGAAGUACCCCGUGUCCCAGCACCAGAAAAGUGCUCCUUCCACAGCUGGCCUUGGCUAUGGGUCAUGGGAGAUCGACCCCAAGGAUCUGACCUUCCUGAAGGAACUCGGCACGGGGCAGUUUGGAGUGGUGAAGUACGGGAAGUGGAGGGGCCAGUACGACGUCGCCAUCAAGAUGAUCAGGGAGGGCUCCAUGUCAGAGGAUGAGUUUAUAGACGAAGCCAAAGUCAUGAUGAACCUGUCUCAUGAGAAGCUGGUGCAGCUCUACGGGGUCUGCACUAAGCAGCGUCCCAUCUUCAUCAUCACGGAGUACAUGGCCAACGGCUGCCUCCUGAACUUCCUGAGGGAAACUCGGCAGCGGUUCCAGCCUGCCGAGCUGCUGGAGAUGUGCAAGGAUGUCUGUGAAGCUAUGGAGUACCUGGAAUCCAAGCAGUUCCUGCACCGAGACCUGGCUGCUCGAAACUGUUUGGUGAAUGACCAAGGAAUUGUGAAAGUAUCAGAUUUUGGUCUUUCCAGGUACGUUCUAGAUGACGAGUAUACAAGCUCCAUGGGGUCCAAGUUUCCAGUGCGGUGGUCUCCUCCUGAGGUGCUUCUGUACAGCAAGUUCAGCAGCAAGUCUGACGUCUGGUCCUUUGGCGUUCUGAUGUGGGAAGUUUACUCCCUGGGGAAGAUGCCUUACGAGAGGUUUAACAACAGCGAGACAACGGAGCACGUCAUCCAAGGCCUGCGCCUGUACCGGCCGCAGGCGGCCUCAGAGCGGGUCUACGCCAUCAUGUACAGCUGCUGGCACGAGAAGGCUGAGGAGCGCCCCACCUUCACCGCGCUGCUGGGCAGCAUCCUGGACAUCGCCGACGAGGAGUGCUGACCGCGGGCACCGCCCGCCGAGCCCUGCCCAGCGCUGGCACUGCCCGCCCG